UCAAUCUUCACCUCCUCAGUGCUGCUGUCGGAGCUUUGCGCUCACUCGUGUUGCUUUUUAGCUGUACGAUUUCACCAAAAGACAAUUUAUUUUCAUUUUAAGGGGUUUACUUUAGCACACAAAUGGCGAGGGCAUCGAAAAGGCAUCUGGAAACGGCGUAAAUCUUAUUUGCCAGAGAUAUACAGAGGCUUUUUGUGAGUGCUGUCGUUACAAUGAAAUGGAUGUUUGAUUUCGUGUUUGAGCAAGUGAACAUUGGGGAAAACGUUAAGAGAUCUCUUUCGGGGAAAUGGACUUGAAAUUGGAAAUGAAAUUGAAGAAGAAGAUAUUGAGAUGCUACACGUCAAUGACAAAAUAUGGCAAUCAAAUGACCACAGAUCAGAAGGCGACGGAGAGUGGGAGUAGCGAUCGUGGUGAACGAGUGAACCCGGAGCAGGUGAACACAGCUGCAGACCGCCAUGGGCUCUCUUCCUUCGGUCCCAGCUCUCCAUCUUCGGGUCUCCAAAAGACAGCAGGGGCCAGCCAGGGAUCGUUGGAGUGGGCAGGCGAGGCGGCUCGCUUCCCCCGCCGGCUACCGGCUCCUCGGCAACGAGGAGGGAGAGAAAUCAAUACUGAGAAGAGAUGCUGCCAGGGGUCGCCCAAUGCUGCCUCCAGCCAUGGAGCCAUGGGAGCGUGUGUACUGUGCUUUCUAUCUCUCAACCAGAUCUCAGUCAACUCGCAUCAGCUGAAGAUAGGUCCAAGAGCUAUGACGUUCUUUAUGCGAAAGAGAGAGAGUGUGUGUGGUUCUGCCAGAGGGCCUUUUCAGGCCCAGCAUCACUUGAUAAAACAUCGCCUGCUGGAGAACAAGUAGAAGAAUGAUGUCAAAGGUCUUUUUGUUCCCCAUCUUUGAUUCUUUUUCCACCUUGAGUGCACAUUCCCCCUGACUGUCUGAAUGAGUGCUUGACUGAGAUCUCUUUUACGCUAAAUCAAGAAGAGUCCUUCUUUUUUUUAGUGGUCUUCCUCCAUUUGAUGGGCUGGCAUGAGUGAACAGUUUGAACCCUUUUUGCCUUUUCCAGAGAUUUUUUUUGAUAAUUGCCCUGGUUCGGAAAAGGACUCCGCCUUGAUUUGUAGGGCCUGGUGAUCACCUUCCUUAGGUCCUUCAAAACAGUUUUCAUCCUAGACUGUGGCAUUUGAUGGUAUUAAUAUUGUUGCAGACCAAUGGAGGAUGGUGCAAAUGCUUGUUGGAGCUCAGAGAUGUAAAAUCUCCUGACAGGGAAGCUUCCAAAAACCUGCAGUGCCAAACAUAAGCUUGUCAAGUGAAAGACCCCCAAACAAGGUGCAAAAGUGGAAUGAAUGCAAGCAUUGCUUUGCUGGAUGCAGCGGAUAGCAUCUUUAUCUGUGGAUGCUCCAUGGGAAGGAAGCGACCCGUUUAAUGAUGGUUUUAUGUGAAUGUGAAAACUGAACCCAAUGGUGCCUUCAUGGGGACCCAAGAUCAUCACAAAGCAUACAAGAGAUUUUCUUUAUGUAUCUAUUGUACUACGUUAUUUUGUUUAUGUUAUUGAACCUCAUACCUCACCAGGUAAGUAUUUUUACAGUAUAUAGUAAAAAGGUAAGUAGACUUUUUUAAGAUAAAAAUGGCAGUUUAAUGGUAGCAAAACUUUGACUGGAUUUACAUUUUGCAGACACUUUUAUCCAAUAUUCAAUAUUUUAUUAGUAUGUGUGUUCCUGGGAUCGAACCCAUGCCCUUUGCAUUGUAUUGCUAAUGGUAAUUUAUACAGACAAGCAUAACAUAUAGCAAGCAGUACCAUAUAGUGGAUUAUUACCGUAAUGACUAGCUAACUGUACAUUAUCCUGUUUAUUACACAACUACUUUAUUGAAUAAAUAUCUGGACAUUAAAUAUAAAAUUGAGUUAUUAUUUUAUUUUAUUAUGUAAUAAGAAAGACUACCGAGAAAUACGUAGGAGAGUCAUGAAAAUCAUUUGAUGUAUGCAAUGUAAUUUCAACAGUUUAGUGGUCAUAACACAAAAAUAUAUUUUACUAUAAGCAAUUGACCAAUCAGAAGAGUGCCGUGUAAUAAACCUAUAGUUUUACUGCCAAUAAUAUUCUUAAGUAAAUACUUUUCUUUAAGCUUGUGAACUCCUGCCUUUUUAAUAAAAAGAUUUUUGGAUCAAA